CCCCGAUUAAACAGUUGGUUGCUCUCUUGUCUGUGCUCAGAGUGGAAUUUAAGCAUGUCGACAUUGGUGCUCUACGGCAUGGACAUAAGUCCCCCAGUGCGCGCCUGUCUUCUGACCCUGCGUGCGCUCGAAUUGUCCUUUCAAUAUAAAAUAGUUGAUCUAUUGAGUGGCGAGCAUAAAACUGAGGAAUUUUUGCAGAAGAAUCCACAGCAUACGGUGCCCCUCUUGGAUGACAACGGUACCUUAAUAUGGGACUCUCAUGCUAUCUGUUGUUAUCUGGUGGACAAGUAUGGACAAUCGGACGAUCUCUAUCCAAAAGAUCUAGUGAAGAGAGCUAAGCUGGAACAGCGUUUGUAUUUUGACGCCAGUGUUCUCUUCAUGUCUUUGAGGAACAUAUGUGCGCCAUACUUCCAUAAGAAGGUAACGACAGUGCCCCAGGAGAAGAUUGACAAUAUUAUCGAUGCUUACGGUCAUCUGGAAAACUUUCUGAGUGACAGUCCAUAUUUGACUGGCGAUACUGUAACUAUUGCCGAUUUCUGCUGUGCUGCCACAGCAUCUUCUUUGCCUGCCAUGGUGAGCAUCGAUCCAGAGAAGUAUCCCAAGAUUACCGCCUGGCUGGAGCGUCUCAGUGAGCUACCAUACUAUAAGGAGGCCAAUGGAAAUGGUGCGAAGGAGUAUAUUGCAUUGCUUAAGGGUGCAUUUACUAUUGUCUAAACAAAACUUUAUAAUUAUCAUACAUACAUACAUAUAUUUAUAAAUUUACUGCAUUCAAUAAAAUAUCGAUAGCAAUGUGAAA